GGCGGACCAAAAGGGUUUUGUUUGGGGUUCGCGCUGGAAAUAGGAGUGGGCGAGAGAAGCCAUGAGCGAAUUCCGGAUACAUCAUGAUGUCAAUGAAUUGCUCAGUUUGCUCCAUGUUCGAGGAGGCGAUGGAGCUGAAGUCUAUAUUGAUUUACUGCAGAAGAACAGGACCCCUUACGUUACUACGACCGUGUCUGCACACAGUGCAAAGGUAAAAAUCGCAGAGUAUUCCAAAACACCAGAGGACUUCCUUCGGAAAUACGAUGAGCUGAAGUCAAAGAAUGUGCGCAACCUUGACCCGCUGGUCUAUCUGUUGUCAAAGCUCACCGAGGACAAAGAGACUCUCCUAUGUCUGCAACAGAAUGCAAAGGAAAGGUCCGAAAUGUCAGCAAAUGCUACAUCUACUAGCAGUACAAACUUUACUAUUCCCCCAACCAGUACCAAGAUGUCAAUGCAGGAGUUGGAAGAACUGCGGAAGAAACUUGGCAAUGUCACAGCCAGCUCCAGUGUGCAGCAGUCUGCUGAAGUCACACGAAAGAUGUUGAGGGACAGACAUAAUAAAAAGAACCCCAUGCAGCCAAACCCUGUGUUUCCAAACUGGGUGUAUGAGAGGCCUGCGCUAAUUGGCGAUUUCAUCACGGGCACCUCUGCAGUUGUAGAUCCCACUGUGGCUAUCGGUACCAUGCCAUUAGCUGCCCAGGAACAAGCAUUAGUUGAAGACUUGUUGUACGUGCUGAUUGGGGUGGAUGGGAGAGACAUCACAGCUCAGCCUGUGCUGGGCAGACAGAGUCGCUCCUUUAUUGUUGAUCCUACUCUGGACAUGUCAAUCAAAGAGCUGGUGCAUAGGAUAUUACCAGUCGCAGCCAGUUACUCCACAAUAACCCGCUUUACAGAGGAGAAGUCAUCCUUUGAAUAUGGCCAGGUUAACCACGCUCUGACAGCUGCGAUGAGGACGCUGAUGAAGGAGUACCUGAUCCUAAUUACCCAGUUGGAGCAUCUGCACAGGCAGGGCACACUCUCCCUCCAGAAACUGUGGUUCUACAUUCAACCAACUAUGAGAACAAUGGAGAUUCUGGCUUCCAUUGCUACCUCAGUUGACAAAGGUGACUGCAUGGGUGGAUCCACGCUGAGCCUCCUUCAUGAUCGUACCUUCAACUACACAGGAGACAGUCAGGCCCAAGAGCUCUGCCUGUAUCUCACUAAAGCUGCAAGUGUCCCUUACUUUGAAAUACUGGAGAAGUGGAUAUAUAGAGGCAUCAUCAAAGAUCCUUACAGUGAAUUCAUGGUAGAAGAGCACGAGCUGCAGAAAGAGAAGAUUCAGGAAGACUACAAUGACAAAUACUGGGAUCAGCGCUACACCAUCGUACAGCAUAGAAUCCCCUCUUUUCUCCAAAAAAUGGCAGACAAAAUAUUAAGCACAGGGAAGUAUCUGAAUGUGGUGAGAGAGUGUGGGCGAGAUGUGACAUGCCCUGACGCCAAAGAGGUCCUGUACACGCUGAAGGAGAGGGCAUAUGUGGAGCAGAUUGAAAAAGCUUAUAAUUAUGCCAGUAAAGUUCUUCUUGAUUUCCUGAUGGAAGAGAAGGAGUUAGUGACACGUCUGAGAUCAAUCAAACACUACUUCUUAAUGGACAAGGGAGACUUCUUUGUCCAUUUUAUGGACCUCACCGAGGAGGAGCUGAAAAAGCCAGUGGAUGACAUCAUCCCACCCAGACUGGAGGCCUUACUGGAGCUCGCUCUGAGGAUGAGUACUGCAAACACAGACCCGUUUAAAGAUGACUUAAAGAUCGACUUGAUGCCUCAUGAUGUCAUCACUCAGCUGCUGCGGGUUCUGGCCAUAGAGACCAAGCAGGAAAAGGCCAUCAUUAAUGCAGAUCCGACAGACGUCUCCCUGAGUGGGCUGGAAGCAUUCUCCUUUGAUUACAUUGUCAAAUGGCCGCUGUCACUCAUUAUCAAUAGGAAAGCAUUGACCCGAUACCAGAUGCUGUUCAGGCAUAUGUUUUACUGCAAGCACGUGGAGAGACUUCUCUGCAAUGUGUGGAUCAGCAACAAAUCAGCCAAGCAGUACUCCCUGCAUUCUGCCAAGUGGUUUGCUGCUGCGUUCGCUUUGAGACAGCGCAUGCUCAACUUUGUCCAGAACAUCCAGUACUACAUGAUGUUUGAAGUCAUGGAGCCAACGUGGCACAUCAUGGAAAAUAACCUGAAAUCUGCCUCAAACAUCGACGACGUCCUGUGCCAUCACACCAGCUUUCUGGACAACUGCCUGAAAGACUGCAUGUUGACCAACCCGGAGCUCCUCAAGAUCUUCUCCAAGCUGAUGUCCGUCUGCGUCAUGUUCACCAACUGCAUGCAGCGGUUCACCCAAAGCAUGAGGGUGGACAGUGAAAUGAGUCGCCUCACCCUUGAGCAUGGCACCAUGGAGGGCCCUCCGACACAGAGCGAGCGCACGGACGAGGCGGAGAAGAAAAGGCUCACCUCCAAGUAUUUAGCGGAGCACGCUGACGCCCUUCAGGCCGACUCCGGCUUUGAAGGAACCAUCAGCAAGUUUGACAGCAAUUUCAGCACCCUCCUGCUGGACCUGUUGGACAAACUCAGCAUGUACAGCACCAACGAUUGCGAGCACAGCAUGAUCAACAUCAUUUACAGAUUGGAUUUCAAUGGAUUCUACACAGAACGCUUAGAGCGGAUGGCCAUUGAGAGAAGCCAGAAGGCAGCUGCCUAGUUGUUAUGUAAAUGCAGACUAACGAUGUGGUGUAGACAACUAUAAUUAUUUAUUUCACUUUGACCUAUAUCUGAGAUAAAAACCAUCCCUUACUUGCUCUCUGUCAAACCAGCUGGUAAAAGAAACUGUUGUAGCUGUGCUGUGCAAGUUGCUAGAUGCCCCAUUCCCUCAACGUUGAAAUAAACAUGAAAGUAUCCCAUUACAUUUUUCUCUGCUGUCACAGAUUUGUGUAAGGACUGUAUUCUGUGGAACCAGCAGAUAUUCCAGUUAAUUUUAAUGUUGUCUAAACAAAAUGCACUAUUCUCAGUUGAGUUGUAAUUGAUAUAAAACUAAAUACUGACUUAUAAAAUGUAAAAAACUU